AUGCCGCCUUCAGAAACGUCUUUAGACUCCGGAGGCAGCGCUGGCACCCCGAAACCCUUUGAAGGGCACACUGCCGAUGUGCUUGCGGUCGCCUACUCUCCCGACGGCACCUUGAUCGCGUCGGGCUCUUGGGACAAGACGAUAAGAAUAUGGAACUCAAAAACGGGUAGCCAGGUCGGAAAGCCUCUGGAAGGUCACGGGUUCUCGGUCUAUGCAGUCGCGUUCUCUCCUGAUGGUCGUCGCAUCGUCAGCGGAUCAAAAGACUAUAUGCUUCGUGCAUGGGAUGUUGGCAUGCAGGAGUGUGCCGUAGGCCCUUUGGAAGGGCAUACCGAAGCUGUGACCUCGGUUCAGUACUCUCCGGAUGGCCAGCGCAUCGUUAGCGCGUCGUCGGACCACACCAUUCGAUUGUGGGACGCACAAUCGGGAGAGUCCAUUGGAACGCUGCAGCAUCCGGACGAGGUCAUGCACAUCAGCCUUUCUCCAUGCGGACAACGGAUCGGAAGUGCCUGCAAUGACAGAUUGGUGCGAGUAUGGGAUAUGGCCUCACAGAGGCUCGCCCUUCCGCCUCUUUCUGAGCACAAAUCGGAGGUCGACGCUGUGGCUUAUUCGCCAGAUGGACGACUGCUGGCUAGUGGAGGUCGCGACUGGACCAUCUGCUUGUGGGAUGCUAUCACCGGCAAGCUACUCGAAGGACCGCUAAAGGGACACCGACUUCCCGUGUCGAAUCUCGCGUUUACACCUGACGGACAGAUGCUCAUCAGCGCGUCACAAGACAGAAGCAUCCGUGCUUGGGAUCCGAUGACAGGCGACUGCCUGCGAGGUCCGAUUUAUAUUGAUGGAUUGACUAGCAGCAUGUCAGGCCACUCUGGGGAAUUCACGGCGGUCAGAUUUAUACCUGAUGGUUCACGUCUCGUCAGCGCCAGUGAGGAUCGCACCAUACGUGUAUGGGAUUCACGUACCGGCAGCUCCCUUCAAGUUAUCGAGACGCAAGACAGCGACAUCUUAACUCUCAGUGUAUCUGCGGAUAGCUCAAAGCUAGCUAGUGGGUCAGAAGACGGCAUGGCACGUGUUUGGGAUCUCCACACAGGCACCCAGAUAGCAGGGCAGUACAAGCAUGGCGACUGGGUAUGGUCACUAUGUUGGUCCCCAGACGGGAGAUGCAUACUUAGUGGCUCUCACGACAAAACCGCACGAGUGUGGAGCAUUUCUAGUGGUAAAGAAGUACUCAAGGUCAAUCAUAGCGAUGCUGUGUACUGUGUACAAUACGCGCCGGAUGGGAAGACAUUCCUGAGCGCAUCGAGCGACUCGACAGUUCGCAUUUGGAAUGCGAGUACCGGAGAGCUCAUUCAGGCACUUCAACAUGAUGCCCACGUCCUGGUGGCUGCCUUUUCGCCGGACGGGUUACGGAUUGCAAGCGGAGCACGUAGUGGGUAUGUCAGGGUUUGGGAGGCAAAAAGCGGAAAGUUGCUCCUAGGAAAAGUACGCGUCGUAUCUUUAUCAAAUGCCCCCACCCUGCUUACGUUGACAGGGAGCGGAGGAUGA